CCCUCCCCGGGCCCGCCUCCGCGACGAGUCCUCGCCGCGACGCCCGAGCGCAGCCUUCCGCGCAGCCCCGCCAGCCAGCUCGGCGCGAUGGACAAUCGCAUGCGGCUCGUGAAGGCCCUGCUGGCCCGGCCGCUGCGGCCCGCGGCGCGUCGCUGGAGGAACCCGAUCCCCUUUCCCGAGACGUUUGACGGCGACACCGACCGGCUGCCGGAGUUCAUCGUGCAGACGGGCUCCUACAUGUUCGUGGACGAGAAGACGUUCUCCAGCGACGCGCUCAAGGUGACGUUCCUCAUCACCCGCCUCACGGGGCCCGCCCUGCAGUGGGUGAUCCCCUACAUCAAGAAGGACAGUCCCCUCCUCAGUGAUUACCGGGGCUUUCUGGCCGAGAUGAAGCGCGUCUUUGGCUGGGAGGAGGACGAGGACUUCUAGGCCGCCGGAGCCUCGGGCCCGGGGCCGGCUGCCCUGGGGAGGGUGGGCUGCCCGCCGGCCGCCGCCAGGGUCGCCGCGGGCGGCCCCCGCCGCGCUCGCGCCCGAGUCGAGUCCCGCCGCCCCCCUGCUCCCCGAGUCGCCGCGGCGUCCCCUCGCCCCCGCCCGCCCGCCCGCGUCGUGCUUGCCUUUGUUCCAGGAAUAGCGCUCCAGGCUGGCGCUGCUGCCUCUGGGCCUGGCUCUGGACAGCGCCGCCGCCCUGCCCGCUGCCGCCGGCCCGGCCUGUGCCCUGCACCGGGGGCCGCCGUCCGGCCCUCGGGCUGCAGGCUGGGCCCCCGCCGCGCGGCCGACGACCAACCACGCACCGCCGGCCGCCCCCCGCCAGCCCGCAUCGCUCUGCCCACGCACCUGCGCCGCCGCCGCCGCCGCCGCCGCCGCCCCCGGCCUCCCGCCGACAGACUGCUCUUCUGAGCCACCUGGACUCCCCUCCGAGGGGUCUGGGCUGGCCGCGGCCCUCGGACCCCGACUCCGACAGCCGGCUGCCCGGCGGGGCCAGCCGGCCUCCCACCAUGAGUGAGGCCGCGCCCCCUCCUCCCAGAGACACCUUGAGGGUCUGGGCGCUGAAUCGCGCCUGUCACGUCCUCCCGUGGACAUGACAGUAGUUCUCCCCGCCCCCCCGAGUCCCGGUUCUUCCGAACGUGCAGCUGUCUCUCUGAUGUGUGCCUUGUGUCCCACACUAUGACCCUGUGGUCUUCGCGGCUCUUUUACACUACCUGUACAGAAGUCUUUCCAUUCUUUCAAUAAAUGUCAGACCCUGUCCAAUAAGAAA